ACUUGCUUGCUCGUUGGAAACACAACAGACGAAAUGCCCAAAUCGGAAAGCAGACGGCUUCGGCGGUCGGAGCCAUGCGGUUCGUCCGGUGACAAAAAAUUAAUCAUCCCAUGAGCGUCCGAUGCCAAAUGUAGACAGGUCGAGGUCCAUAUGGUGCUGUUCCUGAGGCUCAGAGAUUGCCAUGUCCUACUGUGUGCUUACCCUGACCGAAGGAUAUAGCGACUGCAAAGCAGGUCCUGUGACGACGUCGGCUUUUGAGGCGAGCGGCUGCGGGGGCGCCUCAAUCUUACCCUUGUUGACGAAAGGGAAUAGAAUAAAAGAUUGGAAACGCGGAAGAAGAGAGGGCCUUGUUCGAACAAACCAAACUGCAGUGCCUCGGACGCUAGCGAUGGCGUCUAGUAUCUCCGCUUGCUCCUCGAGUCGUACUCAUCGCCAUCGUAUCCGCGCUUCCUGGAGUCGGAAUCGCGGCCACCAUACCCACCGUCGCGAUCACGGUCUCUGUAACCACCGCGAUCUCCACCGCGAUCUCCACCGCGAUCUCCACCGCGAUCUUCUCUCCUGCCCACGGGCUCACGGUUGCUGCCCGAGGCUCCGCGGUCCCUGUCGCCGUAUCUGUCGUAGGAGCGUCCGCCGUAACCACCGUUGGGUCCAUCGCGACCACCAUACCCACCCGAGCCGUAGCCGCCUGAGCGUCCUCCGCGGGGGCCUGCAGGAGCACCUUCGGGCGCACCGCCCCAACCGUUGGACUGGUAGCCGAUGCCGCUGCGUCCGCCAUAUCCGCCGCCGCGGCCACCACCGCCGUAUCCACCGCUUCUUUCACCUCCACCAAAGCCACCGCGGAAGCCACCACGGAAGCCGCCACGGCCACCGAAGCCACCUCUGAACCCGCCUGGACCACUGGGUGGGCCACCAAAUCCACCAGAGGGGCGUGCUGGAAGGGCCUUGGUGUAACCACGGCCGCCUAGGCCACCGCCAAAACGUCGCGGGCGCCAA